AUGAACAAUUUUAAAUUAUCUAACGUUCCCAAAAGCAAUUUAGAACGUGUUCAAGAAUUUUUACACCCCGUAGAAAUUCGGAAAACAAAAAUUAAACAGGAAUCCGAUUUUAGAAGAAGAAAAUUAUUAUUGAAUUGGGAAUUACAAGAGAAACGUAUCCUGAAUUUUAAAAAUAGUCAGAAGAUUAAAAAAAUUAAAAAAAUCGCCGACAAUAAAACUAAAGCUGAUGAAAUUAAGUUUCGGAUAUCUGAGAUAAAUAACUUAAAAUUUUAUAAAAACCUGGAUCUGAUGAAGAAAUUUAAAAAAAGAGAUAAAAAAAUAGUGGCAAAUUUAAAAAAUCUUAAGCGUUCUGCAUUUGCUAAAAAACUAGAAAGAGAUUAUAACAGGUAUUGGAAUAAAAUCGACAGACAUACAAAAAUGAUAGAAACCAACAACUUAUUGAUAGAGAAAUGUGUAGACCACAAAUAUCCAACAGUUGAAGAAGAGGAGAUGAUUUAUGAAAUAGGAAAUAAAAAUGAAGAAAUAGAAAAGGAAACGGAAUCUUCAGAAAAAUGUUUCUACAUUCCCAAAUUAAAAUCUACGGACCGUUACACAUUUAUCGAGCGCAUUCAGAAUUUAAGAAUGAGUUCCAAUAAAUGCAAUCAGUAUGCUGAGUUUUGGGAAAAGACGGCACCGCUGUGGGAUAAAAUGACAUUGUGUCUGCAAGCCAACGAUACCGGAACAUUGGCGGUCAGUAAAUCGUCAUUUAACGAAGAGUACGCGGAAGAAAAAACUCGACAACAGCACUAUGAUUUGGUGGACGAAAGCCGGCCGCCGACAUUGGUGCAGGAGAUUAUGAUGAAUGACGUGGACUACUAUAUAUCAGAUGAAAUGGUGAUUGAAACGAUAGAACGGGCCAAAUCGCUGUCUGAACCGAACGUGUCUGCGGCUAAUCUUAUACACUUGACUAAGUGUAUAAUCGAAUACGAGGCUGACGUUAAAAGCAACGUUGAUUAUAUGGUUUCCGGGCUCACGGAGAGAGCCGUAUUCGAGUUUACGAAAAAGAAAAUUUCCGAGAAAAUAUUUGUGGACGUGCGUAGAACCAUCGAUAGGCUUCAACACUUAAACGACGACAAUGUAAUUCCCACCAAACUGAUAAAAUCCAAGAAUAAAGUCGAAGUCACCUCUUUCGUUUGCAACAUGAUCAGCAACGUUGAUAACAAAAACUUCAAACAGUUCGACAAACCGAUUGAUGACGAUCCGCAUUACUUGGCUCUGAUUUCAGAAACGGCCGACGAUAGAUUACAAAAGUUUCUGUGGGAAAACUUUAAUCAAGAGAUUAUGUCCCCGAUAAGAUUCACAAUGAGUCACCGAGUGAAUCUUUUCGAGCACGUCGACAAUGUGGUUCGGUCAUUCUUGGAGAAGGCGCACCAAAAAACAGCGCACUUCGUGUCCACCGCCAAGGUAGACGAAUAUGCUGAGCACGUCAAAUCGAAGACGGAAAGCAAUGACACAACUGUAGUGUCGCUUAAGAUGGAUUUGGUGUACAGGAUUUGUCGAAAACUCACAAAGCUAGUGUUCGGCAUGUUUGCGACGGAAGAACGAACGGCGCAUAACCUUGAGGCGACUGUCAACGCGUACGUGUUGCAUGUAUCGAACCGGACAACCCGUGUGAAUUACAACAAACGUCACUACAAACCGCGUGAGCUGGUUGACACAAAUUACUUCACUGAUAAGUACAAAAAUGUGGCAAAAUCGCUUCAAAACCAAUAUCGCGCUUUGCACUUUUAAUAGCAAUAAGAAAAUCCGCAGUAUUAAUUACCUAUAGCUAUAACUUUAACUACACCAAAUCUUGCUCUCUUCCGGAAUACGCAAUAUGCUAAAAAAAAAAAAAAAAAAAAAAAUAGUACAAAAAUAAUUGUGUUAAAUUU